GUGAUUUAGGGUUUUAGAUUUCCCUCCCUGAGCCUAAACCCAUUGAAGAAAAAAUCUCCAUUUCUAGAACGAGAUGAAACUCCAUUGGAAUGAAAUGAAAUGAAACAAGCACUCCAUCGCCUUCUCCUACAUCCUGUUCGAUCUUCUGAAAGAAACACCAAGUUAUCAGCAAGAUGAAACCUGUCUUCUCCAGACCCCUCUUUACCAUCAUUCUCCACUCUACGAAGGACUCCGCCACAAUCACUAGAAAAAAGCUUUUCCAAUUCGCCCCUUUCUCCACCGCCACAUCCCAAUCCUCACAUCACUCUUCCUACCAAUCCCGACGGAAUGAAGAAGAUGUUCGUAACGUUAAGGUUUCUGUUUGGUGGGAUUUCGAGAAUUGUACAUUGCCGCCCGGCGUCAAUGUGUUCAGGGUCGCCCAUAGCAUCACUGCCGCCGUCAGGGCAAGCGGCAUCAAGGGUCCCAUCCAAAUCACCGCAUUCGGUGAUAUAGUUCAGCUCCCGCGAGCCAAUCAGGAGGCCCUGUCUUCUACCGGAAUCAACCUCACUCACAUACCUAAUGGUGGAAAGAGCAGUGCAGAUAGAUCUCUUCUUGUGGAUCUUAUGUAUUGGGUAUCCCAAAACCCACCACCUGCACACCUUUUCUUGAUCACUGGUGAUAGUGGGUUUGCUGGUGUGUUACACCGGCUAAGAAUGAACAACUACAAUAUAUUGCUUGCCGGUCCGGAAAAGGUGUCCGGCUCUCUAUACAGUGCUGCCAGUAUAAUGUGGCAAUGGAAUGCUUUGCUCAGAGGUGAGGACCUUACCGGGAAACAUUUUAAUCAUCCACCAGAUGGCCCCUGCGGUUCUUGGUAUGGACAUUACAAAGCACCCCUUGAAGACCCAUUUGCUGUUAUGGAGUCACCCCACACUGAGGACCCAUCAUCCGAUUCUAAGUCAGAUCCAAAUCCCCGCCCAAUCCCAAAGGCGGUAUUGAAGUAUAUUCGCCAUAUCUUGGGUUCUAAUUCCAAAGGAAUUCUUAUUACAGAUCUCCGUGCUGAACUGGCAAAAAGUAAUCUGAGUAUUGAUAAAGACUUCUAUGGGUAUAAAAAGUUUUCUCGUUUUCUCUUAUCCAUGCCACAAAUUUUAAAGCUACAACCGAGUGGUAAUCAACUUCUGGUUCAUGGUGUAAAUUCAAAAUCUUCUGAGCAAAAUGAGUGUGGAUCAUUAGGCAUAGCUGUUGACCCAACUGUUUCUCGUAAUAGACCCGACAACACUAAUAUCUCCUCUGCUGAAAGCUCAACCGGAACGGUAUUACCAACUCCUUACUCUGUACAAAAGGUGGAAACCCUGUCACAGAAAGUGCAAGAUCCCUCUACUAAAGUCAUACAAUGUCCUUUGCCGAAGGCACAAGAACAUCCUAUAACAGAGAAGUCACCCCUUGCAAGAAUAAAUGUUACAAAGACUGAAGUAAGUGGGAGCCAGCUGCAGAGUACAGAGGAUAGCAGCUCCCAUGUGCACUCACAAGGGAUUUUAAAAGGAUUUUGGAGAAAGUGGUUUGGGACUAGAGAAAACGAUGCAAUAGAGGUAAGCUCUAACAGCUCUGAUGAGAUACCUGCUGAACAGAAAAAAAUUAAGGAACCAGAUGUGAAAUUAACGAGUCUGUCCGAAAACAUCAAAAGCUUGGAUCGUUCUUUGCAUUCUGGAGCUGAAGAAAAAAUGGAUGACAAAACCACAUCAAGUUCUCAUCCAUACAUUGUAGAUAAGACCAGCAGAGAAUCUGGUUUUUUUAAUCGUAUUAAGAAUUGGUUUGGAUCUCGGAAAAGUCCAUGUCGCGAAGAUAACUCAAAUCCAGAACCUGACAAGAAAGCCACCGAAAAUAAAACAAGUACCCAAACACAUGAGAUUUUUUCAAAGGAUUCGUUCUGGAAGGAUAUGGAGGCUUUCCUGGAUUCAAAACAAGGUUCUACCCUUGUUAUACAUUCAAGGACUAGGUUGCAGUUGUCACAGAAUCUUAAAGCGCAUGGUCCUUCAGUUCUCAGAUCACUUUGUGACAGUGAUCUUCUUCAUCUGGUAGAUUUGUUGAUAUCAGAUAAGAAAUGGGUGGGAGAACGCAUCCAUAGGACCUUCCCUUUCAAGCUAUCUCAGCCUGCUCUAAAAGCAGUAGUAAAUGAUGCUUCUUCCCACAGCUCAACUGGGCUGAGUGGGCUGUUUCAACACACCCAUUCCCUGACUAAUAGUUUGACAAAGUCACAGGAACAAGAUGGAGAGAAUAAUAAAUGCCAAAACCCUCCAAAUUCAGUCUCUCCACCUGUUUUGGAAGAGAGCUCCUUUGGCGGCAAGUCUAGAAAUGAUAUACUCAUUGACUGUAUGAAGCUUGUGCAGGAUGUCGUGAAGGAAUACCCAGAAGGGUACAAUUUAGGAUCCUUCAGGAAGCUUUUCCUCGAAACACAUGGGUAUUCGCUGGAUUUGCAGAAGCUUGGAUAUCAGAAGUUGGUGAACCUUCUUAAUAUAAUUCCUGGGAUAAGAGUGGAGUCAAACCAUAUCAUUCCUUCAGGUAAAGCGGUUCCAGAAAGUUCAACUGCUGACGAGUUUUGUUUUAAAGAAAGCAGUUCUGAUAGAAAAAUGCUGCUAGAUGCUUCAAGGAAGAGGGUUGAUUAUGACGUUGGUUGCUACUCUACCUGGGCAGAGGAGCUUGGGCCAAUUUCAACAAAAAAGACAAAGAAGGUUGAUGAGAUUGAGUACGAACCGCUGUCAGAUGAUGAUGAUGAUGAUAGCUUUUCAGACUUGGAUGAAGAGAAGACAAAAUCUGAAGAAACAUCCAGAAAAACUGUUGGAACAAAUAAGGAGGAAGAGAGCUCUUUGUUACAGAUCCUUGAUUCGUGGUACAGUAGGAAGGAGGGAAUUGUUGAUGAUGGGGGGGUGACGGUUGUUGAAUGCUCCUCAAAGCCGCUGUCUUCUUCAUCAUCAUCAUCAUCUUCUUCUUCUUCUUAUUCUAAUGUUGACAGUACUUCCACUGUAUUGAUGAACUCCUCCUCUGGGAAGAGGAACUGCAGAAUGGGGUCAAAGUCAUAUUCAUUUGUCUCUGAUGAUCAAACCGCAGAUUGCAGAGAUGAGGUGCUUGAAGGUAUAUUGAAUAGCCUAAACAAGUCUGAGGAGAAACCAGUUGCUGGCCCAAAAACAUAAUAAAGCUUGAGUGGGAUGAAACCAGUUGGAGUCUCAGUUCACCGCCAAAACAGCAGUUUUCCUUAUCUUCUAGUAGUACUGUGGCAGUAUGGAUGAUAGCCAUCUCCUCUUUUGGUCCUCUUUGUCUGGGUAGAUCAGCUUUAUUUUAUUAGAAAAAUGUUUCUUUUUUCUAAUAUGAAAAAAAUUCAGUAAAGAUUGACGAUCAGUGGAGUAAAUAAAAAUAAAAUUAGGUCACAUUUUAGUUGAGCAGGAGAGGAGGAUUCGAGCUGCAACCACAAUAUUGUGUUUUAUGCGCAUGAUGAUCUGAUGACUACAUUUUCAUCUCACCAACUUUAGAAUACUGUUUUUCUAUGCAAGUGUGCUGGAGCAGGACAGUGUGACAAAACAAUGUGAAAGUACCAAAAACCAGAAAUGACAAGGUUUGGGGAGGGGGGGGAUGGAGAGAUGGAUAAGGAAUGGAGUGAGGGGGCUUGCUUGGAGAAGGGUUUGGGGUUUGUUUCUUUGCAGCAGGUGGAAGGGCUGGGGAAGGCUGAAACAAAGGUUAGACUAACAUAUAUGCAGAACACUAGAAUGGGUUGUUCUUCAGGCUUUUCCGCGAUCCAUUCAAAUCCAGACUUGUUUUUGUGCGAUCUUUUGUGAGAUAACUCUUGAAGUAUUAGUACCUUUAGACGUUUUUUAUACGGAUGAAAUGGGUAGAAGCUAAUAUUCAAAUUUAUUGAUUUCUAUAUUUUGGCUAUGUUUGGUGGGCAUAAGCCCCCGACUUCUAGCUUUUGUACUGUUCAAAAAGUUCCUAAAAGCUUUUAGUUGUGUGUUUGGCAUGACAA